AUGAAACUCAGCGGAGUUUUCGCUCGGCUGCGACCAAGGUCCAUGCAGGCGUCGAUUCAGCCACAGCUUGCGGCACGGCGAGAGGCGAGCGUCUGGCUUUUGGUGUUUUCGUUUCUCUCUGUCUCUCUCUCUCUCUCGCUCAGUGUUUCUCCUGAUCUUUCUAUUUGGCUUCCUGCUUCUGUCAUGUAUGUAUACAUACCGCACAUAACUGAUUACAAUUAG